AAAACGGAAAGUAUUUCUACACAGUUUUAAAAAUUUAAAUAAGUAGCAUGGCCUCAUUAAGCCUAAGCAUACAGUAUAUAAACAGUAUUUUCAUUGUUGCAUUUUAAAUUUCUCUGAAGUGGUUGCAGUAAUUCAGUGCAAGAACACUCACCUCACUGGAUUUAUUUUUCUUUCACACCUCACUUUUCUUUCUUGAACUCAUUCCCUACUGUGCUCUUAUGUACAUUCUUUAUUCCAUAGAAAUCACUUUCUCCAGAAAAUCCAGCACAGUAUCAGGAAGCUUUGGAAGAUGGCAGAGCAAGGACAGUACAAGGUGUUUAAUGAUCCCAUCCACGGGCAUAUGGCGUUACACCCACUGCUCGUCAAAAUCAUUGACACACCUCAGUUCCAGAGACUACGAAACAUCAAGCAGCUUGGAGGGGCUUACUUUGUUUACCCUGGAGCAUCCCACAACCGCUUUGAACACUCUAUUGGGGUGGGGUACCUAGCAGGAGAACUUGCAAAAGCUCUGCGUGCAAGUCCAAGGCAGCCAAAACUCAAAAUCACUCCUACAGACAUCCUUUGUGUGCAGAUUGCUGGUCUUUGCCAUGACCUGGGACAUGGACCCUUUUCCCAUCUGUAUGAUAAGAUGUUCAUCCCCAAGGCACGUCCAGGACAUAAGUGGAGGCAUGAGGACGCCUCUGUACAGAUGUUUGACCACCUAAUGAAAUGUAAUGGCCUCGAGGACAAGAUCACGUCUGUGGACCUGACCUUCAUCAAAGAGAUGAUUGCAGGACCACUCAAAAAAAGACAGGUCGAACCGCACACAGAGACAGUUGAUGAGUGGCCAUAUGAAGGCCGUACACAGGACAAGUCCUUCCUCUAUGAAAUUGUGGCCAACAAAAGAAAUGGCAUUGAUGUGGACAAGUUUGACUACCUUUCCAGGGACUGCUACCACCUGGGCAUCCGGAACAACUUUGACCAUCUUCGCUUCCUAAAGUUUGCCAGGGUGUGUGAGGUGGAUGGGCAGAAGCACAUCUGCACGAGAGACAAGGAGGUGAUCAGUCUGUAUGACUUGUUCCACACAAGGAACGGUCUCCACAGAAGAGCCUGUCAGCACAGAGUUCACUCUAUCAUAGAGAAUAUGAUUGCAGAGGCCUUUUUAAAAGCAGACGAGCACAUCCAGAUUGAAGGAUCAGGAGGGAAGAUGUUCACUCUCUCCACAGCCAUAGAUGACAUGGAGGCCUACACCAAGCUGACAGAUCGUGUGUUUGAACAAAUACUCAACUCUUACUCCCCAACGAUGGCUGAGGCUAGGCAGAUUCUCACCAAGACCAUCUCUGAAAACCUCUCAGAAAUUCUGACAGCAAUAAAAUCUGAGGAACCCAGCGAGCCCACUAAGUUUGUGUUCUCCUAGUGUCCUUGUCACCACUGGUAGCAUGAGGUGGUACCUGCAGCCCAAUCAGAUUGCACAGGUAGUCCAGCUCCUCCAGGAUGGCACAUCCAUGCGUGCAGCUGCAAGACGUUUGCAGUGUCUCCCAGCACAGUCUCAAGAGCAAAGAGGAGAUACCAGGAGACUGGCAGUUACACGAGGAGAGCUGGACAGGGCUGUAGAAGGGCAUCAACCCAGCUGCAGGACCAGUAUCUGCUCCUUUGUGCGAGGAGGAACAGGAGGAGCACUGUCUGAACCCUACAAAAUGACCUCCAGCAGGCUACUGGUGAGCAUCAGAUACCCCACUGGUAUAA